CCUUUGGGUUGGCGUGGCUUAGAUGACAAGAUUCGCGUGGGGCGAUCAUUUGCACAGUAGAUGGCAUCGCUAUCAACCUCGACCCGCUGGGCUGGAAACCUUCCCAAAAAAGAUACACACUGCGCUCUUACUGUAGUAUCCCCUCUUUAAAAAAAAAAAAAAAAAAUGUCGAAAAAAGAAGGCGGAGCUCAUUCUGUGUGUGUGUGUGUGUAAGGAAGGGAGACGUAGUUCGUUAGAGAGGGGCAACCGGACCAGCACCAAAGCUAGACGGGUCAGUCCUGCUUCUGAGUUGGUGCCAAUCUGUGCUAUAGAGGAUUUUCCGAAACGAUUCUUACUUCUUGUGUGUGUGUGUGUGUUUGUGCGCGCGGGUGUGUGUGUGUGUCUUUUUCUUGUUUGUUUUUUUUCUCAACGAUUUUACAACGAUGGAAUGGCCCCUGAAGUGUAACCAGGAGCCCUGGGUUUCUCAUUGAAUUGAGCCCCUCAAAUCCUACGUUUUUUUAGACUUUUUGUUUCUUCCCCACUUGUGUGUGUGUGUGUGCGCGCGCGUUGUUUCCAAAUGCCUGGAUUACCCAACCGAACGAGCGUUCCACCUCCCAAUGUGACAAUGGCUUACCGUCAGAGCGGGCACGUGAUUCAGCCGCAAUCGAACGGCGUUUGGAACGCUAGUUACACCACUAAUUGUAAUACUAACUGGACGAGCGUCCCCCCUGCCUCGACGGCAGCCCAGCCUGUCCGUCAAACGUUUGACGUGAUUGCGCGUCGGAGGAAUCCGCAUUAUUGGACGGCGGCCGGUACCAACAAUCCGGCCGUCUCGUCUCCCGUCGGUGGCAACAGCCCACUGACACCCACACCGACCCCAAGUCCGGCCACUCCCUCGCCCAUCAGUCCCGCUUAUCCCAACAGACCUGUUUCGUAUGGAUCGGAGAACAUGGAAUUUCCGCAGGACUCUCCGCGAUACACUUCACCUAAGCCCGGAGGUGGCCUCUAUGGGGAUUCGUACUUUAUGGGUGAUGGAUCGACACAUCCAGCAGAUCCGUGGGCGUCCAAUGGGAAUGGAGGCGCGCCUUUACAUGCCGGCCCGUACGGUGGCUACGCUGGCCAGCAACAAGCGCAACCUCAACAACAGCAGCAGCAGCAACAGCAACAAGUCGGACAGACCCCGCCGCUCAUGAAUAGCGGCGGAGGUGGAGGCAUACCCAACACACUCAUGGGAGGACAGCCUUCUUACCCUGGCCAGGGUAUUUUCACAGGUCCUGGAAUGCACGGCAUGGGAUCGGGCGCGCUUCACGAUCCAUCCGGAAUGGGAGGCUACAACGUGGCCUUAUCGCCAGCCCAAGAUCACAAUGGCGCCAAUAAUUUGAUGAGCUCUGGUCUUCCACCGAUGUCGACGUUUCGCAAUUCCGCCACGGGACCGAUGAGAGGCCCCGUAUCUCAGUCGGGCGUUAUCCAGGCUGGAGCGGCCACCGCAGUCCAAUCUCCCUCUAUGUACAGCCACAGUCCGAAUUUAGGACCUCCGCCCGGCCCUGGUGGCCAAACUGGCGACGCCCUUGGCAAAGCAUUAGCAUCGAUUUAUUCCGCCGAUCAGAGCACAAGCAGUUUCAGCUCACAUCCCACAACGCCCGUCUCAUCGCCUCCUCCGUUGACGUCGGUGAGUCAGCCGCAGUGGAACGGGCCUUCGCAUCCGCACGCACAUCCUGCGGCAGUGGCCAACACGGCCUCACCCCUCUACAAUGAACGCAAUCUCCACAUGGCUCGUCGCAUGCCCGAGCAAGAGCGACUCGACGAUGCUAUUGGCAUUCUUAGGAAUCACACCGAGAGUCUUUCGAGUCCGUUAAAUGGCUCUUUUCAUCAGGCGACCACUCGGAUGGAAGAGCGAUUGGACGAUGCCAUUAACGUGCUCCGGAAUCACGCCGAAUCGGUGGGCGGUGGCGGACCGCAAUCUGCUCUGCCCGGCACCGGACCUUCACCCGCCUUGUCACAUUCCAACGGCGUCAUGACCGCCUAUCCACCCGUCCUUGAACCCCUCAUGGGUGGUCAUCAUCCGGUCAGCAGCACAGUUGGUCACCCAUCGUCUUACGGCAAUUUGGGUCCCACAUCUCUCGGUGGACCCAUUCACGAUCCCGUGGACCGGUCCAUGGUAGACGGCCUUUCUACGAUACCUAAAGCUCCACCUACAAGUUCAAAAAAACGAAAAGACCCAGACAGCAGCGAAGCGAAAUUGGGCCUGGACGGACGCAUUUCGUCGCUGGGCGGGGCUUCAGCCAACACACCGACCUCGUCAAGCCACGGAGGCGCGAGCAAAAGCAGCAAACGCUCGCGGAGGUACAGUGCCGGUAGCGAUGACGAAGAUGACGACGACGAGGGACUCGAUCCAGCCGUCAAAGUGGUCAAGGAGAAGGAAAGGCGGCAAGCCAACAACGCUCGGGAACGAGUGCGGGUGAAAGACAUAAACGAAGCGUUCAAGGAGUUAGGCCGCAUGUGUCAAAUGCACCUCAAGAUUGAUAAGACGCAGCCGAAAUUGACGGUGCUUCACCAAGCUGUCGACGUCAUCACUCAGCUGGAACAACGUGUUAGAGAGAGAAAUUUGAAUCCAAAAGCGGCAUGUUUGAAACGACGCGAAGAAGAAAAGGCAGACGAUGGGUCCGCCAAGGGCAUGCAGGGCCCACCGCACCUGGGCAGCGGGGGAGGCGCCGGUGGAGGUGGACCUCCCCCGAUGAUUCCGUUCGGAUCAAUGCCAUCCUCGUUUUGAUUCCAGCAACUCGCAGGUUCGCAUCAGAUUUAGUUGUCCAACACACACAACAAAAAAGACCUGGACAUCACGUAAAAGUGUGUACGCCAGAUCGACAACAAACAAUCCUAUAUCGACGCGCAGUUCAUUUCCCCGAAGAAGGAGACCUUUUCUUAAUUUUUUUUUUUUUUUUUCUUAAUCCAAGAGGAAAGAAGAAAAGAAAAUGAGAAAAAAAAAACACAGUUGUGGUUUUCUUGUUACUGGUGAGAUGUAUCAGUUAAAUUGUGUGCGUGCGUGGUGUGCGUGUGUGUGAGUGCAAGUUAUCGUCUUUGAGAUGUGAUUGAAUUCUGAACUGGUGCUCCAUAUCCCCCUAUUUCUAUUGUGGUAUCGUUGAGCGCUUGAUUGAACCGGAUGGAAACAAAAAAAACGACGAAAACCCUUUACCGGAAGCAAAGAAGAAAAAAGAAAAGAAAAAAAAAUUGGGCAGCGACAUUUUACCUCGCUACCGUCCCUCGUUUUUUUUUUUUUUAGUUGGCUGAAAUUUUCGUUAUCGCGACCGAGUACAUAUUAUGCAAUCCUGACAAACAAAAACAAACAAAAAUCCAUAGCUGCUACCGUGGAAGGAAAUAAGCUCGUCGCUCGUUAACAGAAUGAUUGUAUAGAUUUAUGACAUGUCUUGAAACCCUCCCCCGAUUCCCAAUCUCAUCACAUGGACGCAGUUUAACGACGAUGCCGUUUUUGAAAAAAAAAAGGCGCGAAAACAAAAAACAAAAACAGAAGGACAAUUUGAAACACACACACACCAAUGGAAAGAUGUGGAAAACAGGAAGCAGUUGUCAUCACUAAAUUUGAUCUAAAACACGCUGACGAUGUUUACCUGUGUGCAUUGCGUGCCCGUCUGCGGCGUUUGAUCGUGUAGCGUUAUUCCCAUCCAUUUCUGUUUGUUAUAGCCUCGAUUCUUAUCUCUCUCUCUCUCCCUUCUAUCCAUGAUAAUCACCAUGUCGUUGCACUCUCCCACAAAACGUGUCGGAAUAGCUCCUGAUGGUCUAGCUGAGUAGCUUUAUUACGAGUAGCUCGAGUUUUGAAUUUUAUUUUAUUUUUUUUUAUUUUAAUUCUUUUGCCAAGCGUUUUGAUUUAUGAUUUUUUCGACACCUACUUUUUGCUCACCUGCAGCUGGUUUCAUUAGCCACACACUUCCGCGUAGCGUUUGGUUUUCAAUUUGUAUGUGCCUCUCCCUACAUCUCUCCCCCAUCUACCACGUUAAGCAUCUCUCAUCAGCGUGCCUUUAUUACUCCCCCUUUCCCCUCCCCCUCCCUCCCUACAGGUUCGAGCACAAACACACAUUGGAACGAACCUACCAAAAACAAAACAAAAAACAAGCAGCAGCAAACGCGAUCGUAAGGCCCUCCCUCCAAAACUCCCGAGGACAUAUCAGCAAUUUUUUUCCUUUUUUUCUUUUUUUUUCUACAUCGAAUGUCAUGUUUCUCUUGUUGAAGCAUCUCUCCCCUUCCUUCCGGAAUAUGUUUUUUUCCUCAAUCUUUUUCUUACAGACGAUUAGAGACAGACAGGACCUCCAUCUUCGGGCAUUGUAGUACUUUUAUUUAUUCAUUUUUUUUGUUUUUGUGUUUUUGUUUAGUGAGAAAUGCAAAGCAUAGCCGGCGAUCUCAAAAAAAAAGAAGAAGACAGUGCACGAGCACCGUAUUAAAUGAAUAGGAGAAACUUGAGAAGAGGUUUUGAGGUCUAGUUUUGUUUCAUAUCCAAACCAAGAAAUGUUCUCCCCCCCUUUUUUUUUUUUUUUUUUUUGCAUACGAUUAAAAAAAUAAUAAUAAGAAGAGAAUGCGUCUCAAAUUGAUUGCGUUUGAUGUAUUCCUAUUUUUUUUUUUCUUUUCUUUCUUCCGGGAUUGUCGUCGAAGUCGUUUCGGCCUAGAGCAUCAAAAAUCAAGCGUACGUUGUUUCCAUGACAUUCGGGAGACAUUUGUGGGAGUUGUGUGCGUCCACCUUCGUUUGCGUUUAUUUCUCUCUAUCCUCCUCCCCCUCCACCACCUCCUCCUCCUCCAUAUAUUUUCUGAGGGAUGCCGUAGGACCAUGGGUGUUUUUUUCCAGUUCAAUCGUCUCCGAUCGAGUUUUAAAAAGAAAAAAUAGAAAAAAUAGAAAAAUGAAAAAAAAAAAUAGAAUAAAAUCAUGGCUUCUAAAUCCCCCUGCCCCCCUCCCCCCAUCUCUUCGUUUAAUAAUUUGUUUUAAAGUUUUUUGCUUUUGAAUGAUUUGUCGUUUUAUUAUUAUUAUUUUUUUUUUUUUUCGGGAAUUGAAUGACAAAAUAGAUGCCAGACAUCAAGUCUUUUCCAUAGCUAUCGUUGAUUAAAUGUGCGUUCCCUCUACGUGAGUUUCAGCUACAUUCGCCUCUUAUUAUAAAAAUGGUUUAACACAAACACAGACAGAAACCAUGUUUUUUUUGGUUUUUUUUUCUUAAUCUCUCCAGCUGGAGCACCGUUUAUUACAUCCUCGACCCUCUUGUGUGUUUCAUGUACUUUUGACCGGGGAAAAAAAAAAGAAAAGAAAAAUUCAAUCAAUUUUUGUUUUUUAUUGUAAUUUUUUUUUUUUUUUUUGAUUUUCCUUGUCUGAUUUGUCUCUUGUUUCUUUCACCGUGUUUAAAUCAUCCUUGCCGACCCUCAUCGAUAUCAUAUCUUAUAUUGAUUGUUUUAUUGGUAUUCCUUCCUUUUUGCUAUCGACAUACAAUCCUCCCCGCCCUCAAUUCGCCCUGUUCACACUCUGUACGCAUCGUUUCUCUCUUUCUCUCUCAUCCAUGGAAGUUGUAAUAAACGUGCCAUUGCCAUUUUUUUGAAA